AUGGCAGGACAAGGAGCUGGCAUUGGGUUCCCCCCUGCUGGUCUCAUUGUCGCUGUUGUUGGUCAUAUAGCAGGUGCCUGCCUUGCUGUCAGCGCCGAUUACGAUUUGAUUGAGCAGCUUUUCCGAAUCAUGGACUCAUUCACUGGCCGCCUUAGGCUUCUCGAUGAUAAUAUACUAAACCGCGGUAAUUACCACAAGAUGAUCUCCCUUGUCUUUUGCAAGAUGCUGGAGUUCUGUACCCAUAUUCGACGAACCAUUGAAGACAAAAAGUGCCGCAUAUUUGAUUUUGCGAAAGCUUUAUGGCGAGGCGAAGAUCAAAAGCUACGGGAGGCGUAUGAUGGCGUUGUCCGACAAAUCGAUGAGCUGGAUAAGGCCACAGUCAUGCAGACACUUGCUGUAGCUGUGGGCCAUGCCGAUCAGCUUUCUCGCUUUGACAAAGAGGCAAAGAAACGCCACGAACACACUUGGGAAUUGAUAACCAGCCAUUCAAGGGAGAACAAGAAAGGCCAGAUGCACAUGGAAAAGACAAUCAUGCAAACAUUUUCGAACCUCAUCAAACCUAUCGGACCAACAACCAAGUCUGUAUCAGCAAGUCACACGACUCUGGAGAGCGUGACAUGGUCGUUGAGCUCAGGCGCUGAGCCCUACGUGACUCGACAACUCAGGGAAUCGACGCAAAUUCAGAUCGCAGGAACUUGUGAUUGGGUUCUGAACAUGAAAGAAUACGCCGAGUUUCACGAAAAUCGAGGCUUUUUGUCGAUCACUGGUGGGCCAGGCACAGGAAAAAGCGUGCUAACAGCUGCUAUCUUCUGGAAGUUGAAAUUACAAUUUGAGAGCGACCCUGCUACAUCGGUUGCGUUCUUUACGUUUGACAAAAACAUCAAACAGCUCCGAUCCCUCUCGAAUAUGCUGUCAUUUUGCGCUGCUCAGGUCGCCCAUUCUGAUAUUGGUUAUGGAGAGAGAAUCAGAGCCAAAAUUGAGGAGUGGGACGAUAGUAGGAAGCAGAACUCAAAUCAAGAGCUAUGGAGUGGCCUUUUUGAAGAGCAAUUCAAACCAUCGUUGGAUUCACAGCGAAUGAUGUAUCUCGUGGUCGAUGGUGCGGAUCAGCUCGACCAGAAGUACUCGGCUGAUUUUGCUUCGUUUAUCCGCCAGUCAGCUGAAAAUUCUCUGAACAUAUCUUUCGUUGUGGCAGGAGAUUUCAACGACAGGAUACAAUGUUCCUGCCAAGAGAUUCUCUUAGAUAAAGAGGCGAUACGUCAAUCCGGCGACUUCAGACGUGCUACUGUUGCACAAUUGGAGAACUUCCACAACCUUUCAAGACUUCGACCUCAACUCAAAAGAAAUCUUUCGCCCUUCAAGUAUGACUAA